GUGUUGAAAAGAAUGAGUACUCAAGCAGCACAUAAUGGAAGCUGGGUGUGCCAGCCAAACAGGCAUUAUAGAUCCAGAGGCAUUUUCUUCGGAGACAGCCCUUUCUCUUUUGCAAAUACCGUUCUCUUGGCUCAGCUCUCUCUCUCCUCUUUCCUCACCUCUCUUUUACAAUGCCUUCUCACUCCUCUUGGGGAAAGCUCCUUCAUCUCUCAAAUGUUGGUGGGUCUUGCUCUUGGCCCAUCCUUCUACGGUGGAGACAACCCAAUUCUGGAAGCCAUUUUCCCAUUCAAAAGCUUUUACGUCAGCGAAACCUUUGCCUAUUUUGGUUGCAUGGUCUUCAUGUUUCUUGUUGGGAUUAAAAUGGAUCUGAGCUUAAUCAAAAAAUCAGGGAAAAAGGCCAUGGUGAUCGGAUUCAUGGCAUUCUUAACCCCAAUGUUAUUCAACUUCUUCUUAUCUACGUAUUUGAAGAGCAGUGUGGAGAUGGAUGCUCACUUAAAAAACACCCUCAACGCCAUUGGCGCUUUUCAAGCCUCUAGUUCUUUCCAUGUCAUUGCCUGUCUUUUAACCGACCUUAAGCUUCUCAACUCCGACAUUGGCCGCCUCGCCCUCUCCUCCUCCAUGAUCAGUGGCGCCCUUUCUUGGGCGGGCCUUGUCAUUGGCUUCACCCUCCGCCAAACUUCCAUGCAGCAGCAAGACGCUCUCCCAUGGAUGGCCCUUUGCCUCGUUUGCAUGAUGAUUCUCGUCAUUUACAUUCUCCGUCCCAUCAUGUUUUGGAUCGUUGAGCAAACCAAUCUCUCUGGCAGACCCAUUAAGGAGGUCUACGUUUUUUGCUUGUUCUUAAUGUUGUUGUUUUGUGCUCUCUUCAGUGAGUUCGUGGGCCAACAUUUCUUGCUCGGCCCAAUGAUACUGGGCCUUGCUGUACCUGAUGGGCCGCCUCUUGGGUCUGCCUUGGUUGAUAAACUUGACUCAUUUGUUUCCUCUAUUAUGCUUCCAUGCUACUUUGUCAUAAGUGGGGCUAGAAUCAAUCUCUCCACAAUUAACGUCAGGAGUGCUGUGAUUAUUAAUCUUUUGGCCUUUACUGCCUUUAUAGGCAAGGUCAUUGGGACUAUGUUGCCUUCUUUGUACUGUAAAAUGUCGUUGGUUGAUUCUUUGUCGUUGGGACUCAUCAUGAGCACUCAAGGGAUUGCUGAUAUUCUGAGUCUCCAACAUGGACUGCUCCUCUUUAUGAUAGAUCAAACAUCAUACAGCAUGAUGGUGGUGGCGAUGAUGGUGAUGACAGGGACAAUAUGCCCAAUAGUGAAAAUGAUAUAUAAUCCAUCAAAGAAAUACAAAUGUAUUAUGAGGAGAAGGACAAUCGAGCAUACGAGUGCCACAGGAGAGCUACGUUUGUUGCUUUGCAUUCACGACCAAGACAACACUCCCUCCAUAAUCAAUAUGCUUGAGCUCUCUAAUCCUACAAUUAAAAGCCCCAUUUGCUUCUACCUCAUCCACCUCCUCCAACUCACCGGCCGAGCCUCCCCGCUCCUCAUUAACCACCACCUUCCUGGUCGUCGUGGCUCUAAACGUUGCAACCUCUCUGAUCAAAUCAUCAACGCCUUCCAAAUAUAUCAACAAUUCAACUAUGACAAGGUUAUAAUGAAUGCGUUCACAUCAGUGUCUCCGUAUGCCACCAUGCACGACGAUGUGUGCAUGUUGGCGUUAGAGAAGCGGGUGGCGAUGGUGAUUGUGCCGUUCCACAACCGAAGAACGUUCAACGGCAUAGUAGAGUCGAUAAAUCAGAUAAGGGGAGUGAACAAGAACAUUUUGUCAAAGGCUCCUUGUUCGGUUGGGAUCUUGAUAGACCGUGUGAUGUUGCCGAGUGCAGUGGCAUCAAUUUCGUUGACGAAUAGGGUGGAUUUGUAUAAGGUGGGAAUGAUCUUUGUGGAAGGUCCCGAUGAUCGGGAGGCACUGGCGUAUGCCACUCGCAUGGCAGAGCAUCCGAAGGUAGCGCUCACUGUGGUUCGAGUGAUCGAGCCGAAGCAAAUCAGGCACCCAGCAGACCAAGACCUAGACGCGGAGAUGAUAAAGGAGUUCAAGUUAAUCAUGGCGACGUCUGGGAUUAAGCAUUGCAGUUACGAAGAGGAAAUAGCGAACGAUUGUGUGGGCCUCAUAAAUGUGAUAAGAACAAUGGAGCAUGAUUAUGAUCUAAUCUUGGUUGGGCGUCGCCACGACGGUGACUCAGCACUGUUUGUGGGGUUGAAUGAGUGGAACGAGUAUCCUGAGCUCGGAUUUAUUGGAGACAUGUUGGCAUCCUCAGAUUCGUCUGGAGCUGUCGCAGUCUUAGUGAUUCAGCAGCAAACCAUUGGCGGGGAUCAAGAGUUUCUCGACGAUUUUCGAUGCCUCAUGGAGGAGUCGUUUUCUGUUGAGAUAAAUCCCCUCAACAUUCCAGGUGCAUGGCCCCAAAAACCUUCACUUACCUGAUCCAUUUUAUCCUUUUUCUUUCCUUUUAAUUAAUGUCUAGUCUUUUAGACAGAAUUUCUAAAGUUAGUUAAUUACAUUAUAGAUUUCUCAAAUCUACUGUUUUCCAUGUCAUGCAUAUUAUUUCGCUUUUCAUUCUUUUUGUAUUAUAUUUCUUUAUAUAUCUUCAACUUUUAACGAUAUAUAUAAAUAAAUACUCCCGUGUUAGAAUUGGGACCAUCAUAAAACUCGUAGUUUAUAAUUUAAAAUCAUAUUUUAUUCAAUAAAGUUAUU